AUGAACGGAACCAACGGGGUCAAGAAGCAGACCCUCGACAGGGCAUCCGAGGUGGAACAUCUCAUUGAUGCUGUGAAAUCCUUAAUCAUCCCCUUCAUUCAGGCCGCCGAUGAUGCUGUGCCAUCCAGGGCUGCCGGGGAACUGCUCCCAAACAGGAACGGUGUCGUCCGCAAUGCCCUAGUCGAGUCCAAGGGACCGGAAGAGCUGGUCAAGGAAUUGGCCUUGUCUCUCCCUCAAGUAGGCCGUGGCGAGGAGGGUCUCUUACAGACGAUCCAAGAUGUCCUCAAGCACAGCGUCAACACCUGGGACCAGGGGUUCAUGGACAAGCUGUAUGCCAGCACCAACCCCGUAUGUUGCUGCUCUAAAACUUUUGUUCGUCAGUCAUCUAACUCGGUUACACAGGUCGGUGUUAUCUCCGAGCUCGUCCUCGCCGUCCUCAACACAAAUGUCCACGUCUACCAAGUCUCCCCAGCCCUGGCAGUAAUAGAAAAGCACACCGCCAAAACCUUCGCCUCCCUCUUCGGUUUCAACGGUCCCCGCGCCGGCGGCGUAACCUGCCAAGGCGGCUCCUCCUCCAACCUCACCUCCAUAGUCAUCGCCCGCAACACCCUCUACCCCGAAUCCAAACUCAACGGCAACUCCGCCGCCCCCAACGGCCCCUUUGUCUUGUUCACCUCCUCCCACGGUCACUACUCGGUCGAAAAAGCCGCCGUAACCUGCGGCUUCGGUUCCUCCUCAGUCUGGACCGUCCCCGUCGACGCCAGCGGCAGGAUAAUCCCCUCUGAACUCCGCCGCCUCGUCCAAAAGUCCCUCGACCAAGGCCUCACCCCCUUUUACGUCAACGCCACCGCCGGCACCACCGUCUUGGGGAGCUACGACCCCUUUGAGGAAAUCUCGGCCGUCUGCAAGGAGUUCAACCUCUGGAUGCACAUCGACGCCUCGUGGGGCGGCCCGGCCAUCUUUUCCGCCGCUCACAAGCACAAGCUUGUCGGCAGUCACCUUGCCGAUUCCCUGACUGUGAACCCGCACAAGAUGCUCAACUGUCCGGUUACGUGCUCGUUUCUGCUGGGGCCGGACAUGUCGGUUUUCCACAAAGCAAACACCCUUCCGGCGGGGUACCUCUUUCACAGCUCGGCUCCGUCUGACGUGUGGGAUUUGGCGGAUUUGACGCUCCAGUGCGGGAGGAGGGCUGAUUCGCUCAAGCUGGCGCUGGCGUGGAUUUACUACGGGGCGGAGGGGUUUGGGAGGCAGAUCGAGGCUGCUUUCGAGCUGGCGGCGUAUUUUGCCGGGUUGCUGGAACGGAGCGGGAACUUUGUGCUGGUUAGUGAGAACCCGCCGCCGUGCUUGCAGGUUUGUUUUUAUUAUGCGCCUGGGGGGAGGUUGAGGGGGACCGGGGAGGGGAACACGGAGGUCACGAGGGGGAUGGUGGAGAGGUUGGUGAGGAGGGGGUACAUGGUUGAUUACGCGCCGGAUGUGAGCAAGGAGAGCAGGGGGAGCUUCUUUAGGGUGGUGGUUAAUGCUCAGACGUUGAGGGGGACGGUGGAGGGGUUGGUGAAGGGGUUGGAGGCGGUGGGGAGGGAGGUGGUGCCUCAGUAG